AUGAGAACCAUAAAAAUCUACAAACACCAACACCCAACAGCACUAAUCAAACAAUACCGCGACUUGUUCAACUCCUUAUCACAAGUAAUAUGCAAGGAAGUAGCCAAAGCCUGGAUCAAAAUAAUCGAACCUUAUAAACAAGCAUUGUUCCCCUACCGUGACUACAACUUGUCGAGACCAUCGUGGUGGCCACCACACGUCAACCACAUCGAACCCGACCACUUGGAUAAAUUUGGUAGGGUUGAAGUAUUGAUCAAUAUAUUGAGACAUCCCAAGUUUGACUUGCGCGAAGUGGAUUUAAGAAUGUUUGCUAAAAAACCCAUUAUACAAUCCAUUCUCAAGGAAAUAUUGUACCUCGCAAUAUACGAUCGCUUAUAUUUCAAUAUUACGAGUGGAAAAAAACAAGAUGAUGAACAUGAUAAUGAAGAUACAGGCUUACUCAACAUGGUUGGCAAAGAAGAAGAAAGGAAACUUUUAGAUAAAGCAUACAUAACAAUCUUGACCAGCGAUUUAAGAAGCAACGGAACCGAUGAGUUAAUAAUGUGCUCGAAAGUAAAGGAAGAACACUUGAACCAUGAUUGUUUUACAUUGAACUAUAGUCAACAACAACAACAACAACAACAACAACAACAACAAGAGGAUAAUGAUGGCUGUCUCAACACUGAAUUUAAUCAAAAAUUGAAAGAGAAUAAGAAACAACAAGCGGUUUGGAAACCUACUAAAGUGGUAAAAAAAUGCUCAAAAAAGAGAAAAACAUUAACUAGAUCAACUUCAACUUUAACUUCAAACAAUGAAGUUUUGGCAAAAGAUAUUGUUGAUGUAAAGAAAAAAAACACCAAUAAAUGCAACAAUAUAAAACUUGAACAGAACCAAAGUUUCAAUAAAAACGGGAAUAAUAAUAAUCAGGAAGUUGAUAACCAAACCACAACAUUAAACUAUGAUGGUAGUUCUGAAUCAAGUGAAUAUGGUUCUCGUUGUAAUUCUCUUUUGGUAGUUGGUUGCACUCGUCAAAAUUCAAACCGCCACUCUGAAUUUCUCGAAUGUUAUGGUCAAGAAAUUAGAGAUAACAAUAGAAACAGAAAUGAAAAUGAAAAUGGAAAUAAAAAUAAAAAUGAAAAUGAAAAUGGAAAUGAGAAUGAGAAUAAAAAUAAAAGUGCAAUAGCAAACUCAAAAUUGGUAACAGUCAAAUUGGAAAAAGACCAUAUAGUGGAAAAUACUGAUGUGGAAUUUGCCGCCUCUUUUCAAAUUACUGCAAACCUGGAUGUUUAUGAUACAAAUAUUGAAGGUGCUAUAUCGGCAAUUGACCAACACUUACAAGAAACGUGCCCCCCAUUUAAGGAUCAUAAAAUAUGUCAUGCCGAUAACAGUGUAAUAAUCUCACCAACACUAAGCAGCACUUCAACACGCUUAGAUCUUGUUAGUGAUGCCAAUUUAAGUUUGAGUUUUUCUAGAUCAAUUUAUAAGGAAGAAAUCGGAGAUAACGUAUUUGAAGAUAACAACAAACCCAAUGGUUUAUAUUUUGACCUUAGCUCGUCGUCUGAUGAAAUGCUCUAUGAAUAUGCAAACGAAAACUUUGACCCUCAAUUUGCGCUUCUGGAAGUGUUGCUGGAGGUGCUGCUGGAAGUACCCGACAAUGAAGGAUAUACUCCCUACGAGUUUAACUUUGCCUAA